AUGCAACAAGAAUAUACAACAACAUUCUUAGACAUAACAGUCAAUGAUAUCAAAGAUUUUAAAACGAUUCGUCAUCAUUUUGAUAAAUCACAUCAUUAUCGACUUUCAAUGAAUGAAAUAACACAUCUUCUAUCAAAUCAUGAAACUGAACUUAAAAUUCAAGAAGAAAAAUAUUUACAAUUAUUUAAAGAAAAACAAAUUAUUGAAAAACAAAUUGAAGAAAUAAAACAAUCAAAAUUAUUUAAUAAAAUAAUUAAUCAAAAAGAAAAUUUUAUUUCAUUUCCAUAUCGAUCAUUUCUUAAUUUACGUCAUUGGCAUCGAGCACCGAAACGUUUAAAAAUAUUUUUUCAAGCAUUAGCUUAUUUAUUUUCAAUAAAAACUAAUGAUUUUCUAACUGAAUUAAAAAUAAAUCCUAAUCUUAUUCGAAAAAUUCAAUUUUAUCAACCAUCAUCAACUAUAAUGAAUGAAUUUCGAAUAAAAUUUUUUCAUUUAAAUGAAAUUUCAUUAGAAUAUAUUCGAAAUAAAAGUUUAGAUGCUUAUACAAUUGCUAUAUGGAUAUAUAAUAUUGAAAAAAAUGAACGUUUAAAACAACUUCAACAACCUGAAAUAGAAAAUCAAAAAGAAUUAAAAAAUAAAUUAAUUGAAUUGAAUUUAAAUCUAUUUAAUAAACAAAAAGAAAUUCAAUUAAGUGAAGAUAAAAUAAAAACGUUAAAAGAAACUAUUCUUCAAACAGAAAAACAUCAUCAUAUAUUGCUUCAAUCUAAUUAA